AUGAAUGAUGGGGAUAUCAUCGUUCAUAGUGCUGGUCGUCUAAAGGCGGAGUCUGAAGAAGAGCGUGGAGCUCGUUGGAACAGACACAAUCGGACGGACAGUGUUAUCUCGUACUGGGAACUAUUGCAACCGCCCUCAGACCAAGGUAAUGUAAGCUUCACUCGCCAAUGGGACGUUAUACCUUGGAAUUACUCAAUGACUUCAAAAGCUGCCCUGUUUCAGAAUCAGCCAAUCACCGAGCGGGUCAGAACAGGUUGCAUCACUCGACAUGGGACAUUACUCAAUGACUUCAAAAGCUGCCCUGUUUCAGAAUCAGCCAAUCACCGAGCGGGUCAGAACAGGUUGCAGCCAGCAUUUACCCAAUCAGAAGCCGAUUUAACGUGGAUGUCAGCUGUGUAUCACGCGGUUGGCGACCAGCGAUUGGUGGUCAUCCCACCACACUCCGCACUGUAA